AUGAAAAAAUCUGCUAAAAUACGAUUAAACACCAAGCCAAAAUUGGAUGAAAAAGUAGGAAAUAAAUUAAUUAAUGAAAACUCAAGUAGAAUCAAGACAUCGUUAAAAAAUACGUCAGACAAAGAAAAUUAUAAUUUUUCUGAUUCUAGUUUAGAAUUAUUCGAUACAUUUAAACCCAGAUCAAAAACGAAAAUUAAUUCUAAACAAAAAUUAAAUAAUAAUAUUAAUGUUGAUCACAUUGAUUUUCAAAAAGAAUCAGCAAUAGAAACAAAAAAAUGUAUAAAUUUUGAUAUAUCAAUUUAUAGUAUCAGUUCUGAUUCAAAUGAUAGUUUCAAAUCAUUUACAAGUUUACAUUCUGAUAAGUCCAUUCAAAAUAUUAAUUCAAAAGAUCAUUCUUCUGGUACCGAAGACAGUUUUACUAAAACUAAAUGCAAGGAUGAUUCAAAAAAUAAUUUUAUUACACCAGUAAAAAAGCAUAUUAUUCAAAACAAUCAUCUCUCAGAAUCUGCUAAACUAUUAGACCGCAUCUAUGGUAAAGAAUGGCGAUAUGUUGAUGGAGUACUCCAAAAUUCAAAAACGAAGUAUUUAAAUGAUGAACUCAAUGCGGAUUAUAAUGAGUGUUAUAAUGAAAAUAUUUCAAACAAAAAUGACAACGAAAUUAAACACUCAUCACCUUGUGAAUUUUCAAAAAAACAUCAAGAAUACAGUAUUCAAAAUAAAGUGGAUGACACUUCAAUAAUUUUAGAAAAGUUCAGUUUAUCCAGUGAUCAAAAUUAUCUAACUGAUCAGUUAGAUGUUACUCAUCCUUCUGGAAGUCGAAUAAAUUAUAAGACUUCAAAACAUCGAACAAAUGAAAACCAACUGAAAAAUUUAAAAAUCAAUAAAGAAAAAUUAUUCAAGGAAGAUACUGAUAUAAAAAAAAAUGACACUCACAAAAAUUUACAAUCUGAAAUACCAAUUAAAUCUAAUUUAGAAGCAACGCUAUCAUUUUUGAGUUCUCUAUCAUGUUUUACUGGAUCUAUGAAAUGUGAUCCCGAAGCUCAAAAGUACAAACUAAAGUUUAAAAAAAACAAAGAUGAUUUAGUGUCAAUACUAUUUAAAUUAUUCAACAAAGAAGUAUUUGACAAUAAGCUUCCUGCCGAUAUGAAUUUCAAAUGGAACGCACGAUUAAGGUCAACCGCUGGUGCAUGUUUCAAUAAACGUUUGGUAAAAAUAAACAAAAAUCUAGAAUGUGAAAGAGUAUCUCGCAUUGAACUUUCUUCUAAAAUUAUUGAUACAGCUGAAAGAUUAAGAGAUACAUUAAUUCAUGAACUUUGCCAUGCCGCUUGUUGGAUAUUUAAUGGUAUUUCGGAAGGACAUGGCCCACCAUGGAAAAGUUGGGCAAAUAAAGCUAUGCAAAAGUUUCCAGAACUUCCGAUUAUAAAAAGAUGCCAUAGUUAUGACAUACAAACUAAAUUUACUUACAAAUGUGUAAAAUGUGGUUAUAGUUUUGGACGUCAUUCAAAAUCAUUAAAUUUAGAAAAAAAAAGAUGUGGACAUUGUUAUGGAGAAUUUGAAUUAAUCAAAAACAAAAUUAAUAAUAACCCAACCCCUAAAAACAAUUUUCCAGUUGUUCACGAGGACCCAUUGAAAGAAUUAUAUAGUUUAAAUGAUGUACAACAAAAACCUAAACUCCCCAAAAAACUAUCAAAAUUUGCUAUAUUUGUGAAAGAAAAUUAUAGCAGAGUUAAAAGGGAAAAUCCUCUAUCAAAGCAUGGUGAAAUAAUGAAAUUACUUGGAUCCCAAUUCGCAACAACUAAAGCAUUGACUCCUGACGAAGUGUUUGAUAAAUUAUUUGAUAGUUAA